UGUUCGGUUCGUUAAGCAGUCUGCCGAUUCCACAGUGAUUUGCGUGGAGGUCAUCUAAGUAAGAAACAUUAACUGCUUUAUAUCCAGUAAACAAUGUUACUGAAAUUACUUGCGUUUUUGUGGUGCAGUUUUGUUGUUACACAAGCCCAGUAUGAAGUGCCUGAUGCCAAGGUGGAAGUCUUUUCUCCAAAAGGAUUUUCAGUAUCUAUUCCAGAUCACGAUGGGAUUAGAUUGUUUGCUUUCCACGGAAAAAUUAAUGAAGAAUUGACUGGAAGAGAGGCGGGUACCUUUUCAGAAGACAUAUUAAAGCCGAAAAAUGGUUGGUGGACAUUUCAUGCACCUUAUCAGAAGCUGCAACCUGGUGACAAAAUAUAUUAUUGGACUUACGUGGAACAUUUAGGACGGGGCUACCCUAAGGAUGAUCAAAUGUAUGAAGUGACAGAAUUAAUUCCAAAACCUACUUCAAGCCCUACAAGGCCAACAGUUACAACUUCACCACCAGUGGCGCCGAUAGUUACAUCAAAACCUGUGGGGGAAACUGGGUACAGCAGUUGUCAGAGUACACCAACAAAAUUCAAUAAUGGUAAAGGAACAUGCAAAGGAAAAUUAUUAUAUUCUCAUGGUUUCUCAAGUCAGGUGAUAGAGAAAUAUUGGACGGUAGCACAGCAAUUUGCUGGUUCUCCCGAUUACGAAUUCGUUAUAUACGUUAAUCGACCAGAAACAAUACAAAUAGUAAAUCGAAAACUUAAAAUGAAACCAGUUUUGAGUGAAGAUAUUUAUGGAAGUGGUUUUGUUACCGGUGAUUUUAACUUGGGAGAAAACUGUACAGGUACAACCGGUUCACUAGAUUGCGUCGUGCGACCUGAUGGAGGAUUUAUUUUACCACCUGUGUUAUCUUCUCAAAUAAGCACCAAGAGAAAAUUCUCUUUUAAAUACGGAACUAUUGAAAUCAAAGCUAAACUCCCCAAAGGCGACUGGAUAUAUCCAGAGCUCUAUUUGAAUUCAGCAAAUGAAGAUUAUGGACCUGGCUACGGCUCAGGUCAGAUAAGAAUAGCUUUUGCACCAGGCAACUCCGACUUAAAUCAAAUGUUGCAAGGAGGGAUUAUAUUAGGGGACAGCGUUGCAGCUAAAUCUUACGGAAUGAAAACCGUCCAGAAACAGACAGGCUGGUCGAACGAAUAUCAUACAUUCAAAGUCACCUGGAAGCCAGAGAGCAUUAUUCUGGCUGUUGAUGGCAAAACAUAUGGAACUAUUUAUCCCCCUUCUGAUGGUUUCGUCAGUUUAAGCUCUAACCUGCAAAUUAAAGAUGCGCAUAGAUGGAGGAGUGGUACAACUUUAGCUCCAUUUGAUAAAGAGAUGUACAUAACGUUAGGCGUCGGUGUUGGUGGAUUUAAUUUUGAAGACAGAACUGACGGAAGCAAGCCGUGGAGAAACGGUGCGCGAUCGAGUAUGAAAGACUUCUACAACGCCCGAGAACAAUGGUCCAGUACGUGGAACAGUGACAACGCUUUGGAUAUUGCCCUCGUUAAAGUUUGGGCCCUUUAAUGUGUUCCUGCUGGAUUUAUUUAACUGUUUCACAUCUUCUGACUCGUCAUAAAUUAUUGCUUCCGAUCAAGGAAGUCAGUAGUACCAUGACUUUUAUGUACUGAAAUAUAGAUACGUUUUUAUUUGACUUUUCAUUGAUUAUGGGGCUAAAAAGACAAAAACUAAAUGCAUCAAUAUUAUUUGUUUAGUGACUAUACCACUACAAACAGAUUUUUUUUAUUAAAACCGUUUAUCUACA